AUGGCCUCGUCUCUGUGUAAAAUCCAGAUUCCUUUACGUAUGAAAGGACAAGCCACCUGCCUUCACCACAAGGGGAGACAACUGGAACGUUUCUGUAAAGAAUGUCAGGAACCUGCUUGUAUACAGUGUUCUUAUUCUGUACACCAGGAACAUGAAAUGUGUGGACUUUGUGAAAUUAUUCCCCAAAAGAAGCAAGACCUCAGAAAUUUUAUAGACAGAACUGAGACGGUUGACCUGGUACAAGUUGACCAGUACAUCAAUUCUACAGAUACACAGCUAAAGGAAAGCACAAGUGACUUUGAAAAACUUGCCAACCAGCUAACGGCACAGAGAAGCAAAUUAAUAGAAGAACUAGACUUUUUGUCAGCUCAGACUUUGUCUCUCUACAAACAAAAGGAGGAGGAUAAUGCCAAGUUACUACAAACUUACAAACAGGACUUGGAAAUGUACAGCUCGCAGUUAAAACAGAGAGUGCAAGUGUGUAAAACUGCAUUACAGAGUGUCUCUGAUAUAGAAAUUUACGACGCGGGGAGUGAGAUUCAUUCUUCCGUCACACUCCCUGACAGACCAAAUCUGGGGACCGCUCGCUUCAUACCAAAUCAAAGUCCUGAGAUUUGCCUGAAACAAGCAUUAGGAAAAUUUGACACCUCUGGACAAAGUCAUGGUCAAACUUCAUGCCGUAAUGACUGGUUGUCUGCUGAACCAACUUGUCAGGAGAGUCAAUCAGAAGGAAUGCUGUUCUCGCCACCAAACGCACCUCCGGUAGAAAUCUCCUCAGGUCAAGGUCACAAACAUGACACGCGCCGUCAUAGCCGAUCAUCAUCAUCAUCAUCUAAACAACAGCUGGCGGAUGAUGGACAGGAAGCGUCCAGUUCGGUACAAACUUAUGUGGUAGAGGAGUGGAAGUCUCCGCACUUUAUUACAUCUGUAAGUCCAACUACUGACGGCAACGUGUGGACUGAUGAUUGCAAAACGGUCAGCGACACAUUGAUUCUAUUGAACAAGCACGGCAAAGAAAUCCAGAGAGUUCAACACAGUGCCGAGAUAAAGAGCAUCAGUCUGUCACCUACCACCGACACACUCUGGGCUUGUGACGAAGAAAACAUCAUCACAGAACUCGUGUCAGGAAAACUGGUACAACGGUUCCGUACAGACGAGGAGCCACAGUGUAUCUGUAUUACAGCCAGCGAUCAUGUCCUUGUGGGGUUGGAACAGUGCAUCUCGAAAUUUACCCCCUUUGGUGAAAUGGUACAUACUACAAUGAUUGCAGGGACUGAAAGUCCGUUAGUGUGGAAACCUGAGAAGAUGGUAGAGUGUCCGGUGACUCGAAACGUUGCCGUGGCUGAUUACAAUAUUGAUGGUGAUCAAAACCGAUACGUUGUUGUCAUGGAUACGGAAUUCAAGCAGCUGUUUGUGUAUGGCGGUGAAGUGCCGUACGUAAACCAGCAGUCAUGGGGGAACGCAUUUUACCCCAGUGGUGUGGUGUAUGACAGGGUGGGGAACCUCAUCAUAGGGGACUGUGAGAAUUGUAGGGUCCUACUCCUCAGUGGAGGUGGUGAGUUCCUCAGGAUCAUACACACAGACAGAGACUGGGUAGCUGCUAUUGGUAUAAACAGGAUGGAAGUCCUUUGGGUAGUGCAUCGUGGCCAUGAUAUCAAGCUACUACAGUACAACAGCAUACAACAUGUUUAA